UGAGCUUUGCUUCCGGCUGCCAAUCAGCGGCGUUUUCCGGGGUUUGCAGGGGCGUGUGCUUCAACUAGCGCGUCCGAACAACGAGCUGGGGAAACUGCAUCCCAUUUCUUCGGGUUUGUCCAAUCUUCCCGGCUUGGAUCUGCAACCUACCUCGCGACAACCAACCUCGAGGCCCGAGGCGUCCGGCAACGUCGCCCAUCCCUCCAACCAGCAAUCACCCUCCUAUUCGCGUGUGGUUUUCCCUCGUCCCGGCGCACAAUCAGACGCCGAUGUGUUGAUAUAUGACGGACCAUCGCUGGCACCAAAACAUCCGCUCCGGCUCGCCUCCGAAAUGGAGAAGAAGAGGAAGCUACCGGCACGCGCCGCGGCAAGAGCCGAACAGGCCGCGAAGAAGAGGACCGUGACUCCUCCCCAGAGAUCAGCGACCCCAGCGCCUACGACCGAACCCGAGCCGACUCCGGUCGAUGAUGUUCCUCCACCACUUCCCAAGUCUGUCACGGCUGGCAAGCCGUUGCCUACCGUCGAUUCCCCCCAGCCUGACGACCUGCCCACCAGCGAGUUCCAAACAGUAACAGAGAGCGGCGUUCUCGCCGAGUCUCUUUCCAGAUCGCGCCAAAAGUGGACGAUGGAAGGUAUUUUCGAAAAGUACUGGUCGAAGCCAACAAAGAAGAAGGGUGUUGUGAUUGAAGAACCGAACAAUCCGCCCAAGGAAAGCAUGAUGAAGCUCGGCCAAGUUACCAUUACCGUCGAACCACACGUCUUCGAGGCAACCAUGUUCGCCGUGAAAGAUCCCAAGCCGGCUCCCCCUCCACCUCCGCCGACCCAACGACCCAUCAUGCAGUAUGGACCUCCGAAUGGAAUGAUGCCGCCGCCGCCGCCGCCGCCGCCGACUCCAGCACCAGCGUCAUCCACACCCGCUAGCGCGCCCCCUCCGGCUCCGGCUCAAAGCUCGGCUCAGGUGCAGAGUCAAGGCCCUCCGCCGGCCGACUCGAAACCUCCAGCUCAGACUCAAACACAUACGCCCGCCCAAACGCCGACUCUCCCAACGGCGCAACCCAAUGCCGGCCAAUCCGCGCAGGACGCAGUGCGGCCGGGGCCGACUCUUCCCCCAGCCGCUGGAAGGCCGGUUGCCUCGCCAAGAGGCAUGGAAACGGUUCUUUCACCAAGUACUUCCACGCCGUUGGUCCCACAGAAUUCGCCUCCCAUUGCGCAACCUCAACCGCCACGACCUACCCCCCCUCCAAGCUAUUCACAUCCGACGGUUCCGGCUCCAGGCCCAGCACCAGGCCCAGUCCCUGGACCCACGAGACCAGUAACCACGGCAACCAGCAAUCCAGCUCCAAGUACUGCGCCCGCCGUGCCCGCGCAUGCCCCUGCCCCAGCGAAACCCCCUCCUGGCACAGAUCCCAUCAUUCUCAUGCUGGCAGAGAAGGCUGGGACAGAUCCUCAGCUCCGUGACCUCAUGAAGCGAGUCGCGCAGGGAGAAGCAGCAAAGCAUGAGCUUGAGCGAUUCCAGGCCAUCAUAGAUGCCAUAACCGCCGAGAGCAAGCGCAAUGGAAGCACUUCGGGCCCUUCCGCGGAUCGGCUACUGGUUGAUGGGAGGACAGUGCGCUACUUUGCGGACGAGGUGCGCGCGAUCUUAGACAUUGUCCUCUCGUCGAAUCCCAAGCAAACAUCUGCGGACUUACGGCCGCCGGCGGGAAGCGACCCGUUAGUGGUAAUGUUGGUUAAAGCCGCGCUCGACGACUCCAGAACCCGAGACAUCGUGCGGCGUAUUGCCGAGAACAAGGCGCAGUUCGCAGACGCCACGGACUUGAAGAUUAUUUUGGACGGCUUGCGCACGAAGCUCAUCAAAGAUAGGGAACGACAGCAAACGCAAUCGCCAGUUCCUGCAUCCCCGGUGUCUGCCAAGCCCAACGGCGCUUCUAAUGGUCCCGCGGCGCCGUCCCCGGCCGCGCAGAUACCCCCUCCGCAAACUGCGCUUCGCUCAAAAGGGCCGCCGCCGCCACCGCAAAAACCAGACAUUUCCGCCAUCGUCCUCGAGUUCGCCGGCGGAACGGGCGAUCGCUACCUCUUCCCCAAAUUCAGCCUGCUUGAAUAUGUCCCUGUCCCGUCGGGUCAGCAGGUCAUCGCGUCCUUCCUGCUCGUCCGGAAAGGAAGUCAAGCGGAAUACCCAAUGGCGGACCCCGAGCUGGACUACUAUCAGCCGCUCACUAUUCGACUGUUCACCUCUACCGGCCGGCACCUGGAACAUCUUGCGCGCGUGGUGGCGCCGCCGGAUGAGGUCAAGCGGUACAUGAACGACGUCAUGACCAAGAUGACGAGGGCCGAAUACGUAUUGCUUGCGAUGAGGCUGCCACGGCGCGAUGGGUCAGAGGAUGACAAAGACAAUGAGCGCGAGGGUAAACAGCCUAAUGGAGGGGCCGUGAAAGACAAGGACCAAGAAAACGGGCUAGAGAAGGUGCAGAAACCGGCCCAGCCACCUGCCGUACUUUGGACCACUACGGCCUCUAAGUCGGAGACCAAAGAUGUCACGGCGCGAGGCAAGGGUUCUGGGAAGCCCAUGGAUGCUGAUGAGCAAUACCAAAGUUUUAUCGCGUCUGUAAGUCGCAAGGAGGCCUGAACUGGGCUUGCUUGUGAGACAUGCGCAUCGCCUGGUUUAGGGUUGCUUUGAAACGGCGUUUGAGCGAUGGAGGGGAAAAAGGUUGUCGUUUUGGGACUGUAUACGGGGCUCCAAGUUCUCUCUCGGAUCUGCGGUUCUGCUAGUUUUGGACGGCAAGAGCUUUCUUUGGGACUGGCGGAUUGGGAAUAUCUAUAUCUAUCAUGGGCGGAGUUACACGCAAAAUCCUUGCUCUUGUUUCCGUUUUAUCACUAACCUGUGUUCCGUUCCCGCCUCCCAUCCUCAUACCCAUAGGUAGAUCAAUCUGACCUUGGCGUGUGUUUCUGAAUCUUGGGAAAUCAACCUACUUAAGUACCUUUUGCGAGAGCUACUGUACAUAAUUAGACCUGUGAUUGUUAUUCAUUCCCCACCCAGGUAUCAGGCACUAAUUACGCACUAGGCUACAUUGCCUAGCUCACUGCCUAGAUGAAGAAGUAAUGUACGAGAGUG